AAUAAAAAAAUUGACCACUCUUUCUAUUUUGGUGUCUUCUUCACAGCCAAGAAGAACAAACUUACUGCUACAAUGGAAGAAAACCAAAACAAAAACAAAUCUCUCCUCCAUUACUGGGGAAACACUUCAGAACAAGAUUACUAUAAUCUCCAAAACAUUAAAUCCACCAAUUCCUUUUUCACUUCACCAAGAAACUUAAAACUUUUCACUAAAUCAUGGCUACCCCUUGAUAAAACCCCUCCACGUGGCAUCAUUUUAAUGGUCCAUGGUUAUGGAAAUGACAUCAGUUGGACAUUUCAAGAAACCCCAAUUCACUUAGCUAAAAAUGGAUUUGCAUGUUUUGCCCUUGAUAUUGAAGGACAUGGUCAAUCACAAGGUUUAAAAGCUUAUGUACCUAAUAUUGACUAUGUUAUUAAGGAUUUGUUGUCUUUUUUUGAUUUUAUUAUGACCCAAAAUCAAGAAUUUCAAGAUUUGCCUAAAUUUUUAUAUGGUGAGUCAAUGGGUGGUGCUAUUUGUGUUUUGAUUCAUUUAAAAAGGCCUAAUAUGUUUAAAGGUGGGAUUUUUAUAGCACCCAUGUGUAAAAUUUCUGAUAAAGUUAAACCAAGAUGGCCAAUUCCUCAAUUUUUGACUAUUCUUGCAAAGCUUGCACCUACUUUGGCUAUUGUACCAACUGCUGAUUUGUUGGACAAAUCUGUAAAAGUUCCAGAAAAAAGGGUUAUUGGUGGAAUGAAUCCUAAUAGGUAUGUUGGAAAACCAAGAUUAGGUACUGUUGUUGAACUUUUAAGGGUUACAGAUUAUGUUAGUAGUAGGCUAUGUGAUGUAAAUUUGCCAUUUUUAGUGUUACAUGGAAGUGCUGAUGUUGUUACUGAUCCAGAAGUGAGUAGGGAAUUGUAUGAAUUGGCUAAGAGUAAAGACAAGACUUUGAAGAUUUAUGAGGGUAUGAUGCAUUCUUUGUUGUUUGGAGAAACUGAUGAAAAUGUUGAGAUUGUUCGUAGCGAUAUAUUGGCUUGGUUGAAUGAGAGGUGCUGAGAAAAUGUUUACUUUGAUUCAGAGACGGAUCCAGAAUUUCGAUUUUAUAGGUUCUGAAUAAAUUAUUUAUAUAUAUGCAGCUGAUUCGUUAAUGGAAAUGAGUUUUGGCCAAAGCUAAUGAUGUGGAUUUUAUUCAUAUCUAGUUUAUAUUGAUCACAUUUCUAGUUAAUUAGUGUGUGCCAUAUUUGUUAAAGAUGCAAACUUUAGAAGUUUAUCUGUAAGAAUGAUGUGCAAAGAUAUCAAGAUUGCAUUCGUUUAGCAGAAUUACAAAAAGGCAGACAGGUGCACGAAUCAUUCUACAUUUGCUUAUGAAUGGAUGUCUUACAACUUUGUUGAAUCAUAUUGUUCUUUGUUGAAUCAUAUUGUUGUCUGGAGAGACUGAUGAAAAUGUUGAGAUUGUUCGUAGUGACAUAUAGGAAUGGUUGGAUGAUAGAUGCUGAGCAGGGGCUGAGCUAGAGGGAUGGAAGGCGUUCAUAUGAACCCGUUGCUGGAAAACUACACUAUAUAUACAAGGUUAAAAGUUUUUUUUUUUAGGUAUAUAUAGUAGUUGAUGAAUUCCUUGGUAUAAAUCCUGUUUCCGCCACUCGUGCUGAGAAGUUUGUAAUUUGGAUUCUAUUCAUAUUAAUCCCAUUCAAAGUUCAUUAGUGUGUACCAUAUUUGUUAAAGAUACAAACUUUAGAAGUUCUCUCUCUAAGAAUGAUGUGGAUUGGAUUAUCUGUAUUUGGGAGACUUUCUUGGCAAAGCUUUCCAUUUAGACCAAUCAAGAUUGCACAUUUUCUUAUGAAUGAAUUAUUUGGAUGAAUCA